GAAGAGGGGCUCCAGGCCCUUGUAGGUGGGGAGGAAUGGAGACCAUGGCUCUCAAUGACUGCUUCCUCCGAAACUUGGACUUGGACAGUUUGCUGCCCUGCAACAUCUCUAAUCACAGUGCGGACUUCUCAGGGACCAAUGACUGGUUCCACCCGGGCAUCCUCUAUGUCAUCCCGGUGGUGUAUGGCGUGAUCAUCCUGAUAGGUCUGGUUGGCAACAUCACCCUCAUCAAGAUCUUCUGUACGGUCAAGUCCAUGCGCAACGUGCCCAACCUGUUCAUCUCCAGUCUGGCCUUGGGAGACCUGCUCCUCCUGGUAACGUGUGCCCCUGUGGAUGCCAGCAGGUACGUGGCCGACAGAUGGCUGUUUGGCCGGAUUGGCUGCAAACUGAUUCCCUUCAUCCAGCUCACCUCGGUGGGGGUGUCUGUCUUCACACUCACUGCUCUCUCGGCAGACAGGUACAAAGCCAUUGUCCGGCCAAUGGAUAUUCAGGCCUCUCAUGCUCUGAUGAAGAUCUGCCUCAAAGCUGCCUUCAUCUGGAUCAUCUCCAUGCUGCUGGCCAUCCCAGAAGCUGUGUUUUCAGACCUGCAUCCCUUCUAUGAGGAGAGCACCAACCAGACCUUCAUUAGCUGUGCCCCAUACCCACACUCCAAUGAGCUGCACCCCAAAAUCCACUCCAUGGCUUCCUUCCUGGUCUUCUACAUCAUCCCACUGUCCAUCAUCUCUGUCUACUACUACUUCAUUGCCAAAAAUCUGAUCCAGAGUGCUUACAACCUGCCUGUGGAGGGGAAUAUCCAUGUCAAGAAGCAGAUUGAAUCCCGGAAGCGACUUGCCAAGACCGUGCUGGUGUUUGUGGCCCUCUUUGCCUUUUGUUGGCUUCCCAACCACGUCAUCUACCUGUACCGCUCCUACCACUACUCUAAGGUAGACACCUCCAUGCUCCACUUCAUCACCAGUAUCUGUGCCCGCCUCCUGGCCUUCACCAACUCCUGCGUGAACCCCUUCGCUCUCUACCUGCUGAGCAAGAGCUUCCGGAAACAAUUCAACACCCAGCUCCUCUGCUGCCGGCCCGGCCUGCUGGCGCGCUCCCACAGCACCGCCAGGAGCACCACCUGUAUGACUUCCUUUAAGACCACCAACCCCUCGGUGGCCACUUUCAGCCUCAUCAAUGGUAAUAUCUGUCAUGAAGGGUAUGUCUAG